AUGGAUGGUGAUAAGAUACGGUGCCCAUGUGUGAAAUGGUGUAUUAAGAAGUAUAUUAUGCCUAAUUUGUGUGAAAGACAUUUGAUUAAACAUGGUUUUAUGCCCAAUUACUACACUUGGUCAGCUCAUGGUGAACAGAUCGAGAAUCCUCAAACAUUCAAUUAUCCUCGGAGAAGACCUGCACGUAAUGCAUUGAACACCGAAAAUGAACCAAUAUGGCCAAGUCAUCUAAGCGAGAGUAAGUUAUCGGCAAUAGUUAGACUUCUUAAUAUAAAGUCUGACAACAAUUGGUCUGAGAGGGGUACCAAUGAAACUAUAGACUACAUUCGAUCAUUGUUGCCUAAUGAUAAUGUCUUACCGGAAAGUUAUCACCACAUGAAGAAGUUGAUUGAUGACUUGGGUUUGCCUGUUAUGAGAAUCGAUGUGUGUAAACAAGGUUGCAUGUUAUUUUGGAGGGAUGAAAUUGAAUUAGAAUCAUGCAAGUUCUGUAAUGAUCCACGAUAUAAUGGAAUAUGUCACCAACGUAAACCAAAUAAACAAUUGUUCUAUCUUCCGUUGGCUCCAAGAUUACAAAGACUAUAUGCAUCACAUGUGAUGGCCUCUCACAUGACGUGGCAUGCUCAUCAUCGAACUGAACACGGACUAAUGUGUCAUCCAUCAGAUGGUGAUACGUGGAAAUCCUUUGACCAAGCAUAUCCAGAUUUUUCUCAAGAGGUGCGCAAUGUACGUUUGGGUCCAAAAAGUCCUCAGAAAAAUAUAGAUGUCUAUCUUCAACCACUUAUUGCAGAGUUGAAAAUGUUGUGGAGUGAAGGUGUGCGUACCUACGAUGUAUCUAGAGGUGAUACUUUUAAUAUGAAUGCAAUGUUGUUAUGGACUAUCAAUGAUUUCCCAACUUAUGGUAUGUUGUCUGGAUGGAGUACUCAUGGAAUUGAAUGGUUGCCCAAUUUGCAGUUUUUGCCAAUUGAUCAUCUAUACAGAAAAGAUACAGAACACUUUCUUAAAAAUAUUACUGUCUCAAUGCAUAAACCGACGAGGCCUAAUGGAGUCGAUAUAUGGGAUGCAAUUUUACAAUUCGAGUAUGCAACUGAAAAUCCCAAGGGAUAUCCAAGAGGAUACGAGGAUUACCAUAAGUGGACGAAAAAGAGCAUUUUUUGGGAGUUACCAUAUUGGGGACUACUUCUUAUUCGACAUAACAUUGAUUUCAUGCACGUAGAGAAAAAUGUGUUCGAGAAUAUAAUAAAUAUUGUGAUGAAUGUCAAAGGCAAGACAAAAGAUAACAUUAAUUCAAGGAAGGAUAUGUUCCUCAUUUGCAAUCGUCCCGAGCUUCAUAUCGACCCACGAGAAUCUAUUAAUAGAACUAGUAAGGCUGUUUACGCCUUGACGAGGAGCGAUAACAAGAUUCUAUGUGAUUGGUUGAAGGGUUUGAAACUCCCAGAUGGAUAUGCCUCCAACUUAUCACGAUGUUUUGAUAGAAGUGGAUUUAAGUUGAUUGGGUUGAAAAGUAAUGAUUGUCAUGUUUUCUUAGAAAGACUACUACCAAUUGCGUUUAAGCACUUGCUUCCUAAAUUUGUAUGGGGUACAUUGACUAAUCUUAGUAUUUUUAUGCACGAUUUAAGCUCAAGGACAUUGUCUACCUCUAAGAUGCAGAACUUAGAAGGUGAAAUUCCAGUGAUUCUUUGUAACUUGGCAAAAAUAUUUCCCCCCUGCUUUUUUUGA